CCACUCUCCCUUUCACAGUUUGGACCACCUGGUGGAGGUGAAUCCACAGAUGGAGGUUGGUAAAGGGUGUCGCAAAAGAGUCCCCACCUGCUGCCAGUGUCUCAGGUGGCAGUGUUUGUCUGUUGGGGUCUCCGUACGGGGUAUAAAUACCAGAGUGUGGAAGAGAGGGACAGACAGAAAGAGAUCCUUCCCAUGGAGUAACAAUCCGUAGUGGGAGACACACCAAGCCAAGAAUCAGCCCAAGGCCCAGAGAUAGACACAAACAUACACACACUGUGCAGGCUGUGACUCCAAGUCCCCCCUGUGCCCCCAUGCGGAGAGGAGGCCCAAGGGAACUGACACCAGCUGAGACUGAAAAACAAGAGCCGUUGCUGACACUAUGGAGGAGGGUACCCUGGAGACAUAUGCCCCCCGGUGCUCCAUGCCGGCCGAGCUCCAUCACCCCUACUCCAAGUUCUCAGACUGGAAGUUCAAGCUGUUCCGGGUCAGGUCCAUGGAGAGGGCCCCGCUGCCCGGGGAGAUGCAGCUAGAGAGAGGGGCCUUGUCUGAGGUUGUGGCCUCUGCACCCCUGGGGGAAACUGUGGGGGAUGUGGUGGACCUCCCAGGGAGUGUGAUGAAGCUUUGCCUGGGGGGUAAGAGCAAGGAGAACGUAGAGGGCCCGGGAAAGAGAGUGGACCUGAAACUCCAGGAGAUGGACACACACAUGAACCACCUCAGGUGUCUGUGCCGUCUCUGUGGCGGGGCCCUGAGGAAAGCCAAAGGUCCAGAGCAUGAAGUCCAGGGGCUUCUGGACGAGGAUAGCAGGAGUGCCCUGCGUAGGAUGGGCUGCAAGGCCACCAGCUGGCCAGAGGUCAUCCUCAAGGUCUUCAAAGUGGACGUGGCGGGGGACAUGGAGGUCGUCCAUCCGCCAUUCUUCUGCCAGCGCUGCUGGACAUUGGCCAUGCGAGGAGGGGGCUUCUGCAGCUUCUCCAGGACCCAUGUCCCUGGGUGGAGACCCCACACCACCCUCUGCCUCCUCUGCCACCCCAAGAAACCCUCACUACAGAGGAGAGGGAGGAAGAGGAGGAAGCCCACUCGUGGAGCCCAACGCCUGGCCAAGAGGACCAAGUGGGACAUCCAGGAUAACGCUGCUAUUGUUGGUGAGAAGAGAGCCUGGAGAACAGUGAUAAAUCCUCACCAGGGAUCUGGACUUAGACCCUGGGUGAGAUCCAGCGUCCAGAGAGCUCAGUGGGUGAAGAGCAUCACCCUCUGCCAGAAAGAGCACCUUAGUGCCAGAUUGCUGUCCGAGGACCUCCCUGUGGACUUCCUGAGCUCAGUCACCUGUCAGGUGUGUGACCACUUGUUGUCUGAGCCCGUCCAGUCCCCCUGCAGACACCUCUUCUGCCGCAGCUGCAUCGCUAAAUAUAUUUACUCUCUGGGCCCCCACUGCCCGACUUGCACCCUGCCCUGUGGCCCUGCCGACCUUACUGCCCCAGCUAAGGGCUUCCUGGGGGUCCUGCACUCCCUGCUGCUGCUUUGCCCCAGAGAGCGCUGUGGGGAGCAGGUUCGGCUGGACUCCUUCAGAGCCCACUGCUUGGGUCACCAUCUGGAGGAAGUGGAUGGGGACCACAAGUCAGCGGAAAAUAGCCUGGACAACUUCCUGCCUGUCAACAAAGGGGGAAGGCCCCGACAGCAUCUCUUGUCUCUGACAAGGCGUGCCCAGAAGCACCGGCUGAGGGACCUGAAGACCCAGGUGAAGGUGUUUGCAGAGAAGGAAGAAGGUGGAGACACCAAGUCGGUGUGCCUGACCCUGUUCCUGCUAGCUUUGAGGGCUGGAAACGAACACCGGCAGGCAGACGAACUGGAGGCCAUGAUGCAAGGUAGGGGCUUUGGCCUGCAUCCUGCUGUGUGUCUGGCCAUCCGGGUCAACACGUUCCUGAGCUGCAGCCAGUACCACAAGAUGUACCGCACCGUCAAGGCCACCAGUGGGCGCCAGAUCUUCCAGCCCCUGCACACCUUACGCGCUGCAGAGAAGGAGCUCCUCCCAGGCUACCACCCCUUUGAGUGGCAGCCGGCCCUCAAGAGUGUGUCCACAUCCUGCCAUGUGGGGAUCAUUGACGGGCUAUCAGGGUGGAUCGCUUCGGUGGACGACUCCCCAGCAGAUACAGUCACGCGACGGUUUCGCUACGACGUGGCCCUGGUGUCAGCCCUGAAGGACCUGGAGGAGGACAUCAUGGAGGGGCUGAGAGAACGAGGCCUGGAGGACAGUGCUUGCACCUCGGGCUUCAGCGUUAUGAUCAAGGAGUCCUGCGACGGUAUGGGGGACGUCAGUGAGAAGCAUGGCGGAGGGCCGGCCGUCCCGGAAAAGGCUGUGCGUUUCUCCUUCACCAUCAUGUCCGUCUCUAUUCAAGCUGAGGGAGAAGAUGAGGCGAUCACCAUUUUCCGGGAGCCCAAGCCCAACUCAGAGAUGUCCUGCAAGCCGCUAUGCCUGAUGUUUGUGGACGAGUCGGACCACGAGACUCUCACAGGCGUCCUGGGGCCUGUGGUGGCCGAGAGGAACGCUAUGAAGCACAGCCGUCUCAUCCUGUCUGUGGGUGGCCUUUCUCGCUCCUUCCGCUUCCACUUCCGGGGCACGGGCUAUGAUGAGAAGAUGGUGCGAGAGAUGGAGGGUUUGGAGGCCUCUGGCUCCACUUACAUCUGCACGUUGUGUGACUCCACUCGGGCAGAGGCCUCCCAAAACAUGACUCUCCACUCUGUCACCCGCAGCCAUGACGAGAACCUGGAGCGCUAUGAACUUUGGAGGACCAACCCUCAUUCUGAGUCAGCUGAAGAGCUGCGAGACCGAGUCAAAGGCGUCUCUGCCAAGCCCUUCAUGGAGACCCAGCCCACACUGGACGCCCUGCACUGUGAUAUCGGCAAUGCCACUGAGUUCUACAAGAUCUUCCAGGAUGAGAUAGGGGAGGUCUAUCACAAGGCAAACCCCAGCCGGGAGCAGCGUCGGAGCUGGCGGGCCGCCCUGGACAAGCAGCUGAGGAAGAAGAUGAAGCUGAAGCCUGUGAUGAGGAUGAAUGGGAACUAUGCACGGAAGCUGAUGACCCGGGAGGCAGUGGAGGCAGUGUGUGAGCUGGUGUGCUCAGAGGAGCGUCAGGAAGCCCUGCGGGAGCUGAUGGGGCUCUACAUCCAGAUGAAGCCUGUGUGGCGCUCCACCUGCCCGGCCAAGGAGUGCCCAGACCAGCUCUGCCGGUAUAGCUUCAACUCCCAACGCUUCGCAGAGCUGCUCUCCACCGUCUUCAAGUACAGGUAUGACGGAAAGAUCACCAACUACCUGCACAAGACCUUGGCCCAUGUGCCAGAGAUUGUGGAGAGGGAUGGCUCCAUCGGGGCCUGGGCCAGCGAGGGGAAUGAGUCUGGGAACAAGCUGUUCAGACGGUUCAGGAAGAUGAAUGCCCGCCAGUCCAAGACCUUUGAGCUGGAGGAUGUGCUGAAGCACCACUGGCUCUACACAUCCAAGUACCUGCAGAAGUUCAUGGAAGCUCACAAGGACUCUGCCAAAGCUCUGCAGGCCACCAUUGACACUGUGGGGAGUCAGGAGACACAGGAGGAUGCUGACAUGUCACUGGAUGUCCCAGACUUUUGAAAAAAUUGUUUUAAUUUGACAUUUCUUUGGAACUUUAUGGAUUACAGGAGGGAUAUGUUUUAGCAGGAGCAUGUCUAAUUCUAAUCUGUCUGUACUGUACUGCAGGGGUGGACUGAGACCAAAAAUCAAUCCUGGCAUUCCUAGCAUGUUAGCCCAGUGUUUUCCUUGAGGCCCACACAGCAGCCCAUUUUUUUCCCUCUAGUCCCCCACACCAGCAAAACAUUUUCCCUUGAGGCCCCAAUUAUUAGCCAGAUAAUGAUAAUUUUGUGUAAAAAAAAAAAAAAAAAGUUAGACAUGUCCACUAGGCUAAAAAAUGGACCCGCAAGUAUAGCAUUUCCACGAAAAGCCAGAUGACCAAUGCGCCCCUGCUGUUUUGUUUCAAACUUAAUAUUUACUCUACAAUAUGAACUAUGUAUUAGUAGUGAUGUAAGAGGAAGAUACUUUAUUCUGUAAAGACAUUAUUAUUAAUUGUCAUAAUCCAAAAAAGGUGGCACUUUGUUAUUUGAUUUAUUAUUUACUCUGAGGACAUUUGAAAAUAUUUUUUACCUUAAAUUGAAUUUCCAUACAUAAUUCCCAAAUGUUGUUGCAUUUUAUAUUGGUAUUUUAUAUUAGUUCAUUAGUUCAUAAUGAUUUGAUAGUUAGUGUUUUAUCUCUGGGUGCCUAUGAAAUGUGGGACAGUUUAUUGUAUUGCAUGGGCUAUGACACAUCCAUGAAUUUAUCCAGUGGGUUUAUUUAUGGGAACAAAUGAAAGCACUGUAAGUCAUGGAAUGGAAAUUUAUGAUCAAUGUAUUAGUUUAUCUCCAGUCCUGGAGCAAAAUGGAAUCAUAUAGACUCAAAUUGUCUUCGUUUCAGGGCUGCCAUCUAAAAAAUAUUGCUUUAGAGCUUCAUAUUUGGGUCCCAAAGUCCAAAAUGGGGGCCUGGGUGACUUUGAAACCAUCUUUAUCUGUUUUUAGCAUUUGCACAGUGAAGGAGAAAUAAUACCAUUCUACCUCUUUUCAUAAAAUAACAUAUAAACAGCCCUUUUUGUUGACCGCAUGAAAAUGCAGUAGGCUCCAUUACUAGGCCUAACACCUCUAGGCUUGACAAAAUGAUGUAUUUAGAUGCUCUUUAUUGAAUCCUCACAUACCCUGGUUCUAUGCUUCUUCUGGAGCGAGUAAACAGGGAAGAGUAAACAGGGAAGCAAGUGAGCCUUGAGGCGAACUGAAUUGAUUUGAUAGUUUAUUUGUUUGAUUGAUUGAACUUAUUGUUUAUCUCUGAUACCAUUUUGAGUUGUGACAGGCAAUUUUUAUAUUUGACACAUUAAAUGUUCUAAUUCUAUUUGACUGUCAUGACUUUAACCUGAUGAUGUACAGAUUUUCAUAAUGUGUAAUAUUUAGUUUAAACAACAGUCACAGUCACAUAAUAACAUCACGUUUUACAUGACGGUAUGUUAAAUAAUGUAUUUUCCAUUAUUAAAUUGCGUUUGCUACAUGAAGGAUGAUGGAUAUGGUUUGUGUGAAUCUCAUACCAGCGGUGUAUUCAAUCUGUUGCUUUGUCAUGUUUCAAGUGUACAUUUAAACUCAGGAAAAUAACAACUGUUGCCAAAAACACUCACUCAUUUUUUUUAUUUGAAUGAAAAUAAUGAUACGUAUACCUGUUGCACAUUUGUUCACUGUUCACUUGUUUAAUGUGUUUGUUCAUUUGAUUUGGUGGUUUUAUUGGGCUUUGUUAUUGUUUCAUGAUUACUGAAGUAAUUGUUCAUACCUCUCUACAAUACUGUUAAUGUACUGAAAAUGUAGCAAACAAUUUAUCAUACUAUUAAACUUAUUCAAAAUA